GCAUUUUGGGCAUUUAUCGCCAUGUAUGUACGCAGCCUAAUAUAUCUAACCUGAUCUAACUUCAGAAUGUGGAUUUUAUGUCAAGUUAUGAAACUUACGAGCAUUUUGAAAAACUAUUUUUACCGUUAAACGUGAAGAUGGUUAGAAGAACCGCAAAAUAAAUACCACACAUUGAAGGCUGGUUGUGAUCUUUCGAGUGGAAGCCAUUUUAAUGUAGCCUGUUUAUACGUAGAUUUGAAUAGUGUUUCGCAUUAAUGCGCAGUGAGUUUACGAAUGAAUUCUGUGUAUAUAUCAUCAAAUAAUAGAAAUAUUGGAUCGAUCCAAAUUGAAAGGAAAAAAAAGAGGAAAAGAAAAGCUUUUCUCUCGGCUUACGAUGUCGUGUACGCCGCAUUUUUAAGUGACUCUGUGAACGUGAAACUUCAACGAUUGCGAACGAUGUUCUGCUGUUUAAGAAACUGUUUCCACGGCCUUAGCUUUGCCACGACUCGGACACCGAAACGGGAACGAAACCCCAUCGCCUUGGAUACGACUCACAUGGGAAACGAGGUAGUAAUAGUAAAAAAUGGUCUAAGAAUAUGCGGAAGUGGUGGUGCCUUAACGAAUGCCCCUCUUCUUCAGAGUAAAAGUUAUUUUGAAGUGAAGAUACAGCAGGGUGGUAUAUGGGGCAUUGGAUUAGCUAGAAGAGAUACGGAUCUCAAUAUCGCUGUAGGAGGUAAAGACUCAGAAAGUUGGGCGCUUGAUUCUGAUGGUAUCAUAAGGCACAACGAACAAGAACUUCACAAGAUUCAAAAUCCUGUCCAGGAAGGAGAUGUCAUCGGAGUAUCCUACGAUCAUGUAGAAUUGAAUUUUUAUUUAAAUGGAGAAUCCAUGAAUGCUCCAGUUAUAGGUGUAAAAGGACGGAUUUAUCCAGUAUUAUAUGUGGAUGAUGGAGCCAUUCUGGAUCUAUUUCUAGAAAAUUUUAAUUAUACUCCACCAAUGGGCUUUGAGAAAAUAAUGCUGGAACAAUCGUUGCUCUAGCAGGAUGAUAAGAACAAAAAUAACAUGUAUUGUUAAAAUUGACAUUCCUCGUUCGAGUUUCGUUAAACAUUAAGAGUUGAAAUUAAAUGUUAAAUUAAAAUAAAUUGUAAACAGGGAGUUACAACAUAGUAUAAAAAUAUAACAUGAUCGAAUCGCAAGCUAAUGAUGUUCAAUAAUAAGAUGUGAUAUUCGUAACACCUCUUCGUUGAAAGGCGAGAAAGAGUUGAGUCCACACACAGCAAA